UGCCACCGUGGUGUGCCCAUGGAGGAUUUUUGAGCUGCUGCCAGUUCUAAUUAUCUUCAUGUUCUGUGAAUUUAAAGUUGUGGCAGCAGUGCCUGAAGAUAUGACAACAAGCUUUGAUCCUAGUGAGCCAUCAUUAGAAUCGCUGAUAUGUGUGGUUGCCAUUGUACUGCUUACCAUUUUCUUAUUUCUUUGGAGAGGAUACCGAUCAAUUCAAAGCCGACUUUAUUUGAGUAAAGAGAAUAGACUGGCUGUGGAACUUGCAAUGGAAAUCAAAAAGAAAUGUGAUCUAAUUGACAAAGUGUGCCUUGCUCAAGAGGAGUAUGAAGGCUUAGAGUCAUCCUUAAAGGAGGACAACUUUGACAAGGCAUCAACAGAAGUACAGAGUUUGAAGGCAACUUAUAAAAAUCUAGAAAGAGAUAAAUCUAAACUUGAAGAAGAAAUAUUACUUAUAGAGAAGAAACUAGAAGAAGAGAGAGCUAAACAUUAUGAGGAAGAGGAAUUGAUGAGUGACCUUUCAAAAAUGAUGCAGUCUCUAGCAGAUGAAUCACAGUCUGUCAAAUCACAGCUAGCUGAAGCCAAAACCAUACUAAGAAUAUUUGAAAUAAAUAAAGAACGACUUAAAGGAGUAAUAACAGAUACCUUGAAUGAAAAUUAUCAACUUCAGGAAAGCGUGCAUCAGUAUUUAGAAGAAGCUAAAAUCAUGAAAGAACAAAUGAAUCAACUCAAUAAACAGAAAAUAGCAAUCGAAGUAUCCAACGUACAGGCAGAGCAACUCCUAAAAGUUAAGGAAAAUCAGAUCAAGUCUCUGAUGGAGAGCCUGCUAAGGAUGAAAGACUGGAAUUCUGUGCUUGGGGAAGAUGUAACUGAUGAUGGUAAUCUGGAUGUAGAAGUGAACAAUGACUUAGAGAAUAACGUGCACUUAGGUAAUCAGCCUAAGGGAGCUUUGAGGAAGCUAAUAUAUGCUACUGAGUUAAGUGCUUCGUUAAAAACCCUAGAAGGAGACAGAAACCAAAUUUAUACUCAGUUAUCUGAAAUAGAUGCAACAAAUGAUGAUCUUACAGAGCAUAUGCAAAGUCUCAAGUCUGAACAAGUGUCUCUGCAGUCAGGUAAUACACUACUUGAAAUCGAGAAACAGAAGCUUCAAAGGAAAAUCACAGUGAUGAGGGAGCUGUACCAAGACAAUGAAAGGAUGCUUCACAGGAAAAUAACAGUGGAGGAAAAAUGUAGAUUGGAGAAAGAGGAAGAACUUUUCAAAUUGAACAAGAGAACCAGCCAUGUGAACAAGGAACUAGAGACCUAUAGACGGCGUGCCAAGGAUAUCGAAGAAGAAUUGGAGAGAACAAUUUGCUCCUAUCAAGGGCAGGUUAUUGCUCAUGAACAAAGGGCACAUGACUAUUGGCUGGAAGCUCAUGCUUUGGAAAGAAACAUCAAUGAAUUAAAGAGAAAAAAUGCUCUGAUGAGAUCAUGGACGCCCUGCCAUUCCAAGAAGAAUCCAAGAGGCCAGAAUCCACCACCACCUCCUCCAGAUGCUCGACAGUAUGUCCCAUCAAAGGGAUUUGCGGCCCAAGGUUUCCUCCAAAGUCAGCUGGCCGCCUUGACAGCUCCUCCACUUGUUCCUGAGCUUAGAGGACCCGAGGACCCUGCCUUUGCAGUGGAUCCAGAGGCCAAAGAUCCACCACCCACUCCUCCAGGAAACAUCUGGCUGGAGGUCCUGGAUUGUAUGUCCCACCAGUGGACUUUGUGGGCCCACCAUUUCCGCCAAUGCCAGAAGGCACCUUUGCCCAGCUCUAGCCCUCCUGAAUGCAAUGCGGUUGGUCAUGGCGUGAUUCCUCCACUGGAUCCUUUGGUCAGAAGCCUAGAGGCCCUGCCUUUCCAGGGAAUCAGGAGGUCCAAUCCUGCCUCCACCUCUCCUGGAAACAUCUGUGGAGAUUCCGGACAGAUGUCACACCCAGGGACUUUGCAGGCCCACCUUUCUCUGCAGUGCCAG